AUGGUUAGGCUAUCUUGGAGCGGCGAUCGGGAGCAGCAAUCUAGCAGCAAGCAGGAGAUGCCGUCAUCAGACCUUCUCCAUGAGGCGCACGAGAACACAAGGAAGAUAAAUGCGGCCUUGAAUGUUAUCGAGUCAAAGCCACAAGACGGAACCGGGCGCAAGAAGAGCUUGUCCAUCUAUACACUCGAGGAUGGGACCAAGGUAUCGACUAAGAAGCGGGUUGUGAAGUCGGUACCGCCUGUGGCAAAGAGGUUACCCACUGAUGAGGAGUUGUUUGAUGCCGACGGUUUGCCGAACCAUGAGUUUUUGCGGGAACACUUCCGGAAAGAAGGCCGCUUAAGUGAAGAACAAGCGGUGCGGAUUUUAGAGAUGGCCACAGAUAUUCUCUCUCGCGAGCCGAACUUGCUACAGGUGUCGGCCCCCAUCACCAUAUGCGGCGACCUUCACGGACAAUACUACGAUCUGUUGAAGCUAUUUGAGGUGGGAGGUGAUCCCAAGACGACGCCUUAUCUCUUUUUAGGAGACUAUGUGGAUCGUGGCUCGUUUUCCUUUGAAUGUCUUCUCUACUUGUACAGCUUGAAGAUCAAUUAUCCUGACCAUUUUUGGAUGCUACGGGGAAACCACGAAUGCAAACAUUUAACGUCGUACUUCACCUUCAAAACCGAAUGUCUUCAUAAGUACAAUCUGCGGAUUUACGACCUGUGUUGCCACUCAUUUAACGCGUUGCCUUUAGCUGCUGUGAUGAAUGGGCAAUACUUUUGUGUUCAUGGGGGUAUUUCUCCCGAGCUAAAGACGGUCGAGGAUGUCAACAGGAUCAACAGAUUCAGGGAAAUCCCUUCCAGGGGCUUGAUGUGCGACUUGUUGUGGGCUGAUCCAAGCGAGACGUACGACGAGGAUGCAGACGAUCCAAGUACUCUGGCCUAUACGCCGAAUAUUAUCAGAGGUUGCUCCUUUGCAUUUUCUUACAAGGCAUCUUGUGAGUUCUUGCAGCGAACUGGCCUUCUCUCGAUAAUUAGGGCCCACGAAGCCCAAGAUCAGGGCUACAGAAUGUACAAGAAUACCAAGAAUCUGGGCUUUCCUAGUUUACUUACGUUGUUCAGCGCACCCAACUACUUGGACACUUACAAGAACAAGGCCGCGGUCCUAAAAUACUCGGAUAACGUUAUGAACAUUAGACAAUUUAACAUGUCACAGCAUCCGUAUUGGUUACCGAAUUUCAUGGACGUAUUCACCUGGUCUUUGCCAUUUGUUGGCGAGAAAGUGACUGAAAUGUUGGUUUCGAUAUUAAACAUUUGUACUGAAGAAGAAUUGGAGGAAGAGACUUUUGUUAUAAGGGAGGACUUAGGUGCUACAUUGAAGUCCAAAAACACUGAGCAGGUUGUAACUGUUAUACCUGGCUCCAAGAAAUCGAAGAAAAAACGGUCUAUUCUGGACGAUGAUGCAAAACGGCGUGCACUACGCAGUAAAAUAUUGGCGAUUGCCAAGGUUUCCCGAAUGUAUAGCGUGUUGAGAGAAGAGAGCGAUAAGGUGCAGUACCUAAAAACAAUGAAUUCUGGCGUGCUGCCUCGUGGAGCGCUGUCACGCGGGUCUGAAGGUCUGAACGAGGCGCUGUCUAACUUCGAGCGCGCUCGUAGAGCGGAUUUGGAAAACGAACGACUUCCACCAUCAUUAGCAGAUGUGGAGAAGUCUAGAGAGCAGUAUUACAGAAAGAAGCUCGAGGAGUUUAAUGAAAAGGAAGAGAAAUAA